AAAAACCCCUCGGAGCAGCUUAGACACCUGCAGGCACGGGAACUGCUAUCCUCCAGCUAUGUGGCUCCUCGCUCUGGUAGUGACCUCCCUCGCCACUUACGCAGCUUGGGCAGGGCAGCCCCCCUCGCCGCCCGUCGUGGACACGGCGCAGGGCAGAGUCCUGGGGAAGCACGUCCGCUUAGAAGGACUUGCACAGCCUGUGGCCGUUUUCCUGGGAGUCCCUUUUGCCAAGCCCCCUCUCGGAUCCUUGAGGUUUGCCCCGCCGCAGCCUGCAGAACCAUGGAGCUUCGUGAAGAACACCACCUCCGACCCUCCUAUGUGCUCCCAAGACCCAGUGACCGGGCAGAUGCUCUCAGACUUCUUUACCAUCAGAAAGGAGAAGAUUAAACUCCAAUUUUCCGAAGACUGUCUUUACCUAAAUAUUUACACCCCCGCUGACUUGACGAAGAGAAGCAGCCUGCCCGUGAUGGUGUGGAUCCACGGAGGACGUCUGGUGAUGGGCGGGGCAUCAACCUAUGACGGGCUGGCCCUCUCUGCCCAUGAAAACGUGGUGGUGGUGACCAUUCAGUACCGCCUGGGCAUCUGGGGGUUUUUCAGCACAGGGGACGAACACAGCCAGGGGAACUGGGGUCACCUGGACCAGGUGGCCGCCCUGCACUGGGUCCAGAAGAACAUCGCCCACUUUGGAGGAGACCCAGGCUCUGUGACCAUCUUUGGGGAGUCAGCUGGAGGGGAAAGUGUCUCGGUUCUUGUGUUAUCUCCCCUGGCCAAGAAUCUCUUCCACCGGGCCAUCUCUGAGAGCGGCGUGGCUUUCACUGCUGGCCUGGUCCAGAAGGACAUGAAGGCUGCCAUGAAGAAAAUUGCGGUCCUUGCUGGGUGUAAAACCAUCACCUCGGCUGUCCUUGUUCACUGCCUGCGCCAGAAGACAGAGGACGAGCUCUUGGAGGUGUCGCUUAAGAUGAACUUUUUCGGUCCUGAUUCAUUUUCAGAUACCAAGGAGGUUAAGAACCGUGCUUUCCUGCCCACGGUGGUGGACGGAGUGCUGCUGCCGAAGAUGCCUGAAGAGAUUCUGGCUGAACAGGACUUCAACACUGUCCCCUACAUCGUGGGGAUCAACAAGCAGGAGUUUGGCUGGAUUAUUCCAACGAUGAUGGGUUACCCACUCUCUGAAGGCAAACUGGACCAGGAAGAGGCCACAGCACUCGUGCAGAAGUCCUACUUUCUCCUUAACAUCCCUAAGGAACUGGCUCCGGUGGCUACUGAGAAGUAUUUAGCAGGGACAGAUGACCCUGUCAAAAAGAAAGACCUGUUACUCGACUUGAUUGCAGAUCGGGUGUUUGGUGUCCCAUCUGUGAAUGUGGCUCGUCACCACAGAGAUUCCGGGGCCCCCACCUACAUGUAUGAGUUCCAGUAUCGCCCAAGCUUCUCGUCAGACAUGAGACCCACGACGGUGGCAGGAGACCACGGGGAUGAGAUCUUCUCUGUCUUUGGGGCUCCACUUUUAAAAGGGGGCACCUCAGAAGAGGAGACCAAUCUCAGCAAGAUGGUGAUGAAAUUCUGGGCCAACUUUGCUCGGAACGGGAAUCCCAAUGGCGAGGGGCUGCCCCACUGGCCGGUGUACGACCAAAAGGAAGGCUACCUUCAGAUUGGCGUCACCACCCAGGCAGCCGAGAAGCUGAAAGCCGAGGAAGUGGCUUUCUGGACCGAGCUCCUGUCCAAGGAGGCAGCGAAGAAGGCAUCCCGGACAGCACACGUCGAGCUGUGACCGGCGGUGCAGCUGGCCUUGGGGGCCUGUGGGAACCCGGACAGGCGUGUUCUAGAGAAAGUGUUUACGGGCCAGGGAGGCAUCUUAUGGUGGAGGCUGGGGACCCAUUACUGGGAGUGGGCAGAGGUCAAGGAGUGGGGGUUUCUGUAUCUGUGGCCUCAGUUUUGGAAAUAAAUGCUCUUGGAGAAGCCA